AUGCGUGAAACACCAAUUGAGUUUCCAAUCCCUCUUUUCUCUUGCGUGGAGUUGAAACUUUUGACGCUCCAUAACUGUUGUUUUCCUGCUCGCAGUAAGUACUCUGGUACGUUCCAUGGCUUUCCGAAUCUGUUGAUAUUGGACUUCACUGAGGUGAUACUUGAAGGACGAGAAUAUGGGGAAUUUAUAGCUUCGUGUCCUCUACUUCACGCUCUUAUUAAACUUAAUACUAACACCACUCCUACGGGGAAAGUGAAACCUGUUGAAAUCGCAAAACUUGAAAAUCUCCAAGCGUUAGGUUUGGCAUUAUGUGAGGUUUAUGAUGAUGUAGCAAUUACAAGUUUGGAUUUCUUUCAGCUUAUUGAUUCUUUUCCAAAACUUGAAUAUCUUAGUUUAGAUCUACAAAACUGCAAGUUUAAGGUCGUAAAUGAAGUUUCUGCUAGAAGCCGGUUCUCUUCUGCUUUGCGUCGCCUCAAGGUCCUUGGGUUACGCAACAUAGAUCUUCAAAACCGCGCAACGCUCUUCUUUUUCUUCCACUUGAUUCGUGACCUCCCAAAUGUGGAUGAACUUAGGAUCAUGCUUACAGAUGUGGACCGUGUCUCACUGUCUCCUUUUACUUCCGAUGAAAUAGUAACAUUUAACCUGCAGCAGCUUCAAUUAGUGACGUUGGAUGGCAUUCAAGACUCAGAUAUUGAAAUAUCUUUGAUAUAUAAUUUGCUUGAACAUUGUCCCUUGUUAAAGGAGAUGAUUAUUACUACAUCUCCCAAAACAGUAGAUCGAUCCUUGGAGCUUGCCGCGACUUUAUUGGUCGCAAAGGCAUAA